AUGCUGCCGCCGUUCCUCAGCCGUCACGACAUAACCACCACCGUCGCAGCUCCAAUUUUUCCAAGGUCGUCGCUGCCCAGACAUAACCACCACCAUCGCGACAACCGUAAUCAACACCACGACCGUCAUGACACGACCCGUCAAGGCCGUCGUCGCGGUACUGAGAAGCAUUCAUGGCCACCUAGCUCAUGUCAUUCAUGGCGUGCGUCCAUCAACGAAGUAGGGCUGAGGCAGGUUGCCGCCGCGUCCGAUGCCGCCACCUUCAUCUUCUCCCCGUGCGGCAGCGGCGACGCCGCAUUGGCACUAGCACUUCAAAAGUGUUAA